ACAGCGAAAGAAGACACGUUUGACGAUAAUACUAAUUAAAGUAUUUGAACAAAAGUCAUUUCAUAAUCAAUCUAAUAAAUCAUAACAUUCUUACAUAGCACGACAUUGUCGCGUUAAACUCGAAUUGAGCAUUAUGGAUAAACCGAAUAAGCCAAAAUGUGUUAAACGUGAAGAAAUCAUCAAAAAUAAAAGUGAAAUCAAAAUAAUCCCAGAGGUGAACCCACAAAUAAUCCCGAAGAAAAAGUGGAAGAAAAGCCUGUAAAAGAAUCUAAACUUGUCAUACCAAAAGAGUCUGGAGAGGAAAACGAAAAUCGCCCUGCAGCAGAGCUCGGAAAUGACCUCAAUGCAGCGUUAUUACGAAUGAGCAUCAGAAAUGAGCCCGACAAUGACCCCGAAAAUGAGCCUGAAAAUGACCCCGAAGAUGAUGUCAAAUGCAUACCAUCAUUUAAUUCAAUUACUCUUGAAGAUAUCAAGAAUAUUCUGUACGAAUUACACGAAUACUUUGACGAAUUUCAAAUUGAAAUUGUUGCCUGUCCUGAUUUAACCAGAGAACCGUACAAUUUAGAAAUGACUGGAUUAUCCGGGGAUACACGUAUUUGGGAAAUGUAUGCUCGCAAGAGGGUAAGAGUUGGAAAUGAAAUGAUACAGCUUAUGGAGGGAGCAAACUAUUAUAACAGUAUGCAAAAACCGGGAAUGGUGCUCAAAAUAUGCGCUAAAGGACGCAAAACCAAUUACAACAUCAUAACAUUAAUACAGAAUAUUUUGCAUAAGCGCUUAUAUUUUAAAAUAGGGUUAGGUGGCCUGCUCCUAAUACAAGGGGGACACAUAAAACUGGGCGAAUUUCCAAAGAAUGGCGAGCCACGGUUUGAGGAGAUAAACUGUAAUUUAAAUACAAUCGUAUGUACCGGCGUAAUAGUCAAUGAUCCAGUCAUAAUUGAAGGAAAACAUGAUGGACUUUUUUAUACAAAUGAUCGUUAUAUGUUUCCCGUAAGCUCUGACUUAUUGUCAGAGUUCGACUUUCUGAACGACAUCACGCCAGAAGAGACAGAAUAUGUUGGUUACUUUAAUAUAGCGGAACGUAUGUUUUAUUAUUAUUAGCAUACUUACUAAAACGUAUCAUUUUUCAUACAUUAUUUGAUAAACUUAAUUUAUAAUUAUUAAUAUUUUGGUAAAUUU